AUGGAAGAUUUAACAUGUCCUCUUGUGAGAGAUUCAGAGGCUAAUCUUCAUGCCAAGCUCGCUCCCUCCGGCCCCGGAUCUGGACUACAGCAAGCGUGUAAGAAGUUGCGUGACUGGAUGACCGUUGAUCGUGCGGUACUCGUCGCGUUCAUGGCAUCCAUCGGCAACCUGCUCCAAGGCUGGGAUAAUGCGAGUAUUGCAGGUGCUAUGUUUUACAUAAAGGAGGAAUUUAAACUAGAUAGCAUGCCAAUGAUUGAGGGGUGUAUUAUGGCCAUGGCACUUUUUGGGGCAACGAUAAUCACGACACUUUCUGGAAUGCUAUCUGAUAAAUUUGGUAGGUGGAUGAUGCUACUUACCUCGGCGGUAUUGUCCUUUGUUAGUGCACUAUUGGUCAUAUUUUGGUCCCAACAUGUGUAUAUGCUUCUAUCCGCGAGACUUAUUCAAGGAUUUAGUAUUGGCUUGGCAGUCACACUUGUGCCAUUAUAUAUAGUUGAGACCGCGCCUUCUGAUAUGAGAGGAAAAUUAAGCACAUUUCCCCAGCUAAGUGGUUCCGUUGGUAUGUUCUUAUCUUACUGCAUGGUGUUUUGGAUGUCCAUGCUGCCAAAGACUCCGAGUUGGCUUGUGAGCCAAGGAAGGGUGGAUGAAGCAAAGAAGGUUUUACAAAAACUACGAAAAAAGGAAGAUGUCUCAGGUGAAAUGGCAAGUCUUUUGGAGGGCACAAAAGUUGGUGACACUCCGUCUAUGGAGGAGUACCUAAUUAGCACUAACGAAAACAUGUUAAGGGAAAAAUUGAUUGGCAAUGAUGAAAUAAUAAAAUUAUAUGGACUUCCAGAAGAUUUGCAUUGUGUUGCCUAUCCACUGAAGAGAACAAACACAGAAGAAAGUGGUAUUGGUCGUCCUAUAAGUCGUGGAGCAUCGUUCUAUGACCCGCUUGUCAACAUUAUUGGGAGUAUGCACGGGCUCCCUGAGGUGGCCCACGGCAUAUUCAAUGAAUUGGAACAACAAGGUCCAAUUGAAGCGGACGAAGAGAAUCAGGAAGAGACCAAAGAACACGAGCUAGAACAGAACAUCGAUGAUCUCUAUGAUGGUGAGCAUGAUUAUCUUAUUCAACCAAAACCUACGAAUAUAAAUGAUUUGGUGGUAUGUCGCAAAAGCGGCCACAUUGGUGGAGGAUGGCAAUUGGCUUGGAAAAUGUCAUCAGGAUAUCGUCCAAAUGGGCAAAUGGAAGGUGGCAUGGAACGAGUAUAUUUACAUGAAGGAGGUGUGCCAAGUUCUGAAAAUCUAUUGGAUGCUCAAAUAGAUGGGAAUUUCAUUCAAGCAACUGCUUUGGUCAACAAAUCUGUUUUUCACAAGUCUGGACACAAUAUUGGUAUUCAUUCACCUAAUCAAGAUUAUAGAAGUACAACAUGGAAGGAUCUAUUAGAACCUGGUGUAAAACGUGCGCUGGUUGUGGGUGUUGGAAUACAAGUACUUCAACAGUUUGCUGGAAUCAAUGGCAUUCUUUAUUACACCCCUCAAAUACUUGAGCAAGCAGGUGUAGGGGUUCUUCUCUCCAAGUUUGGCAUUAGCUCUUCUUCAGUGUCCAUUCUUAUGAGCGCUCUUACAACUUUAUUGAUGCUUCCUUUUAUUUGCAUCGCCAUGUGGCUUAUGGAUCGCACAGGAAGAAGACGGAUACUACUUGUGACAAUACCCAUCUUGGUAGUCUCCCUUGUUGUUUUGGUAACCGUCAACAUUGUGAAUCUGAGUGCUGAACUACAUGCACUACUCUCAACAAUGAGUGUUGGAAUAUAUUUCUGCAUAUUUGUCAUGGGUUUUGGUCCAAUACCAAAUAUAUUCUGCUCAGAGAUUUUCCCCAACAAAGUUCGUGCUAUUUGCUUGGCCAUAUGUAGCCUAAUCUUUUGGAUUUGUGACAUCAUUGUGACAUAUACCCUCCCUGUAUUGUUGAGGUAUAUAGGUCUGGCGGGUGUUUUCGGAGUUUAUGCUAUUGUUUGUGUGUUGGCUUUUAUUUUCGUCUGUCUAAAGGUUCCGGAAACAAAGAAUAUACCUAUUGAGGUCAUAGCAGAGUUCUAUGCACUUGGAGGGUCAGGUACCCAAAUCAUUCAAGAGAAGCAGAAAGAGAAUUCAGAGAAAUUAUGA